AUGGAAAGCGACUCAGACGUUGCGAUAGAAGAUACCCUCUCAACCCUGAGAGACGCACCAGCCUGCGACUUUCUAGCAAAGCACCACCACAAGUUCUACUUGAAGAACCAUGACCCAAAAUUACUCGACAGCGCUAUCCUCUGCGCGCGAAGGGCAGUUGAAGUCUGCUCUUCCAUGAACCCGCUUCUACGCACAUGCUGCUUCCGCGCCGCCAACUACCUUAACUUGAGACAUCGGCGCUCAAACGAGCCCUGUGAUGCCGACCUUGACGACGCGCUUAAGUACUUAGAGAAGGCGGCGAAUACGUUACUUGAUAGUGAGAGCGUGCGCCAAAAGGCGAAGCGGCUAGCUGUCAAGGCAGACUGCCACUUCCGCCUAUUCCAGGCUGGGAGGUAUGGGGAUUUCAGCAAGGCGCUAUAUGCGUUUGACGAGGCUUUGAAAAUCUGGAAGGAAAUUGGUGAUUGGAAGAAGACCGCUCGAACUCUAUGGGAUAUUACGGCCCUUCACGCGGCCAAAUUCGACAAGGACUGGAACAAAGAUCUAAGUCUUCUGGACCUUUCCGUGGAUUAUGUCGACAAGGCAAUUGAGGCAUGUGGUGAAGACAGUGAGCUUCGAGCUGAGCUUUUGGGGGACAAGAUUAGGCUCCUGGAGCGCCGAGCUGAGCAUAACGACACGAAAAAAGAACAAAAUUACAAGGCAGCCUUCGAACUCGCCGAGUGGGUUAUACGCGAAUGCGGCGACCCGGAGCAGAACCCCAAGAGCAUGAUCAUGAACUACCAACGCUGGAUUAAAGAUCCGUCCCUCAAUCUGGAAGCAUUGAAACAGACCAUGGCCCCUUCGCAAUAUUAUGGAGCUACCUUCCCACAACGAGUUUAUGAUGCUACGUUCAAGGUCCAUGAGGCCUCAGAGAAAAACUUCCAUGACCAAUACCAAACGGCUCUAAGAGCUGCAAUUUGCCAGGGGCCAGGGCUCAACUCUGCCAUAUAUGCACAAGAACAGCUUGUUGCGCAUCUUCUGGAAUCGGUGAAGGACAAGGACCAAGGUGAACAGCAGGCGGAAGCCCUGGAUAAAUUGGCUUUAUUACAGCAGCUACGCUAUGAAGAGCGUCGUGGAAUGAACGAUUUGCUCGGAGUGGCUGAUAGCUUGAACAAGGCCGUGUCAAAAACAUCUGAUGAGCAUACUAGAAAGCUUCUUGAGCGCCUUCGGCGCGCUGCUAAAUGGUAUGCAAAUUCACAUGAUAAGGUUGGAUCCCUAAAGCAGACCGAAUGGGUGGAGAGAGGAAUAGCAGCGGCCCAAACAGCAGUUGAUGUAGCAGAGGGCGAUAUGACUAUAAGCAACCGGGAAAAGGCAGCAGCUUACAAUCUCCUCGGCCACUGUCUGGUCGAGCAAUUCGAACUGGACAUCGAAGAUUACGAUGUGAUUGAAGCCGCUAUUGAAGCAGGCCAAAAAGCGGUUAAGCUGAUGGAAACGAACGAAGACAAUGAAAGCGACGAGGCUUUCAAAGAAGAACGGGAGGGAUAUGACCAAGAUUGUGAUCACUGGAUGGAGCGAGAGAAGGAAGCGACAAAGUGGGGCAGAUAG